GCGCGCGGGUUUGCGGGCGCCGUUGCGCUCUGUUUCUUCCAUAGCCCGGAGGACUGAAACUUCCGUGGGAGGCGCCCAUCGGUGCACACCUCCCGAGGGCGCAGCAGCAGGGGAGAAGGGGGAGCCGGACUCAGCGCGCUGCGUCCGGAGAGCGGAGGAGGGGGAGCGGGGCGAGCCACAUAUCUGGACCGGCGCCCAGCAGCAGCCGCGGACGCCGCCAGCCCGGGCCGGCUCCCGGGACUCCGGCGGGGCGCGCCAGACCCUCGUCCGCGUCCUGGCCGCCCGCGUGCGCCGGGAGGAUCGACAGUCCUUCUUGCGGAGCGGAGUUUUGGGGCUGCACCCGGAGGGCUGCCCGGGCGGCGCGGCCGGAGCCAUGCGGACCGAGUUCGGAGCGCAGGAGACUGAGCGCGGCCGGCUGCUGCACUUGCUGCCCGGAGUUUUGCGCCCGCUGCCCGCCUUCUUGGCCCCUUUUCUCCGCCCGAGAGGGGAAUAAAGGAGGGGAGACGCGCCCCGACUCGCGUGCGGGACCCCGAGGCUUACACUCUGCGGGAGCGCCCUGGCUCCGGGGUCCAGCGGUCGUCCGGCUUGAGCGAGCGUCCCCUCGGGGAUGCACCGGGAGGGCCCUGUCGCAGCUGAAGCCUCCGGGGACUGCGGGACGGCAGCCCCGGGGGCCCUCUGACUCGCACCCGCAGACUUUUAGCAGUGCGUGCCCACUCUCAGGGCGUUCUCCGGCGGGACCAGGCCACCGGCCGAGGGAGGGCAUGGCUUAGCUCCCGGACGUCGCGGCGGGGAGCAGUGGCCUGCGUGGAAAGCUCCACGGAACGGACACUCAGCGAAGAGGUCCCGGCCUCAGCCCCUCCCGGAGUCGGCUCUGCGCCCCUUGGAGACGCGCCGCCCGCGCCCAGGGUGGUGCCAUGUGGGGCGGACGCCGCCCGUCCGCCGCCUCUCGGGACGCCGCUUCGCUCCUGCGGCUGCUGCUGGCCGCGCUGCUGGCGGCGGGGGCGCGGGCCAGCGGCGAGUACUGCCACGGCUGGCUGGACGCGCAGGGCGUCUGGCGCAUCGGCUUCCAGUGCCCCGAGCGCUUCGACGGCGGCGACGCCACCAUCUGCUGCGGCAGCUGCGCGUUGCGCUACUGCUGCUCCAGCGCCGAGGCGCGCCUGGACCAGGGCGGCUGCGACAACGACCGCCAGCAGGGCGCCGGCGAGCCUGGCCGCGCGGACAAAGACGGCCCCGACGGUUCGGCAGUCCCCAUCUACGUGCCCUUCCUCAUCGUCGGGUCCGUGUUUGUCGCCUUCAUCAUCUUGGGCUCGCUCGUGGCGGCCUGCUGCUGCCGAUGCCUCCGGCCCAAGCAGGAGCCCCAGCAGAGCCGGGCCCCGGGGGGCACCCGCCUGAUGGAGACCAUCCCCAUGAUCCCCAGCGCCAGCACUUCCCGAGGGUCUUCGUCCCGCCAGUCCAGCACAGCGGCCAGCUCCAGCUCCAGCGCCAACUCGGGGGCCCGGGCGCCCCCCACCAGGUCGCAGACCAACUGUUGCUUGCCGGAGGGGACCAUGAACAACGUGUAUGUCAACAUGCCCACAAACUUCUCGGUGCUGAACUGCCAGCAGGCCACCCAGAUCGUGCCCCACCAGGGGCAGUACCUGCAUGCCCCCUACGUGGGGUACCCAGUGCAGCAUGACUCGGUGCCCAUGACCCCCGUGCCCCCUUUUCUGGACAGCCUGCAGACAGGCUACAGGCAGAUCCAGGCCCCUUUCCCUCACACUAACAGUGAACAGAAGAUGUACCCCGCUGUGACCGUGUAACGCAAGGUGUGGCCGGUUCCCGUGCCAGACAGGAGAGCAGAAGCUGUGGACUCGGGAAGGAUGCUCCAGGUGGAAGUUUGCGCAUGGUGGGGCUAUUCAUGGCACGAUUCUCUUGGAUGGCUUCAUUUGCCCCCAAACUGUAUGAAAACGUCUUUUCCUGAAUUAACGUUUCUGGAUAUGCUUCGUCCGGUGCGUGAUUGAUUUAUGAUGGGAAAACGCAUCACCUGGAGAUGCCCGUGUUGUUGACGAUGACAUUGUGUG